GUUCCGCUGGCCGGAGUGUCGCAGUGGCACAGCGACAGCAUGGACCGUCUUGACAAGUCGGCGCUGAAUGCGCUGCAGCCUCCCGAGUUCAGAAAUGAAGGCUCGCUAGCAUCUACUCUGAAGACACUCCUAUUCUUCACAGCUUUAAUGCUUACUGUUCCAAUUGGGCUGUAUUUUACCAGUAAAUCAUACAUAUUUGAAGGUGCACUUGGAAUGUCCAACAGAGACAGCUAUUUUUAUGCGGCAAUAGUAGCGGUGGUGGCUGUUCACAUUGUGCUGGCGCUCUUUGUGUACGUGGCCUGGAAUGAAGGCUCACGACAAUGGCGUGAAGGCAAACAGGAUUAAUGUGAACAUUACCUUCUGAUUGUGCUAUAAGGAUUUUUAAAAAUAUAGCAAAUGUUUCUGCAGUUUGGA